AUGCGAAGUGUAAUUCAAAUUUUUUUAGAAGCUUUCAAAGAUUUUAUUGGUCAAGAAUUUGAUAUUAAAUCAUUUUCUGCUACUAUUCUACAAACAAAACUUGUCACAGAUUAUUUAGCUUAUUUAAAUGAUUUGAUCAAAUCACUUGAUAGCGAAAUCAAACAACAGGUUUCAUCGCAUGAUAAAGAUUUGAUAGCACAAGCAGCCAAUAUUGGAACAUUAGAAGAUGUACUAGAAAAUAUGCAGUCUCGAAUUGUUUCACUAAAAUCAACAGUCGAACGAAUAUCGACAAAAAUCACUGAACCCUAUAAUAAAAUAUUGCUACGAAAAAGACAACUAGCGAGAUUACAGUAUACAUGUGAUCUUUUACGUCGUAUUAAAGGCAUUAUGCAGCAAUCAAAAAAACUACAAUCAUUUAUGUCAUCAACACAAGUAGAAUUAAUUAAAGCUGCUCAAUAUCAUUUUACAACAGAUAUGGAUUUUACCGGUAUUGAAGCCGUUGAAAAAGAUUUACAAUUUAUAUUUAAAGCUCGACAUGAUGUACAAAAACAAGCACAAGAAGUUUUAGAAAAUGGAUUGAAUCAUUUGAAUCCAGCUCAAAUUGGUACGGCAUUACAAGUAUUUUUCAAUUUAGGUAAUUUAUAUGAUCACGUACAUAAAACAGAAGAACGUUUACAAAAUGAAUAUCAAACGCAAAUAAAUGAUUAUUUUGAUCUUAAAAAUUUGUUUAAAACCAAAGAUCCAACAAAUCCAGGACGAACAACUAUGCCAGUUGUAGGAAAUACUGCACAUCAUCGUGCUGUACUAUGGACAAAUGUUGAAAAAAUUCUUGAUCUGCUUUAUGUUUACAUGGCACAAGUGUAUAAUUUACAACGAGUGUUAAUAAAGAAAAAAGAUCCUGUUACACAUACAAAUUUCAUGGAGGGAUUAAUCAAAGACGGACAUUCAGGUGAUUUAGUGAGUAAAUUUUGGUUAAGUUCAAUGGUAUCACUUAAAAAUCAAAUACGAACAUCUGUCGCAGAAUCAACUCAUUUGCGUCAAGCAUUUGAAAGUGAAUAUCCAAAAUUACUUCGAAUUCAAAACGAUUUAAUCAAUCGUUUGAAUCAAUUACAGCCAGGUUUCAGUGAUACUGAAAUCGCUAUUAAUGAUCAAGAAUUUAAUGACCAUAUAAAAACAAAUGAUCAAUUGAAUUCUUGUUUUGAAAUAUUUGAAAAAAGUUAUUUAUCUAUUUCAUUAUCACGAUUAUCGGAUCCAAUUAAUUUAGCUUUGAGUGGUAAUCAAAAAAAUUUACCAACACAGCAAGAAUUGGAUAAUAUUGUAAAAGCAAUUGUUAAUGAAUUAUCUGUAAUAACAGUUAGUGAUACAUUAGUUAACAAAGUUGCAAGAAAUGUUGCUAAAGCAAUACAAUUAUUUGCUAAUAAAUGUGAACAAUCGGUUUGUACAGAUAGCGAAGGCAGUCAAGUUGUUUCAGCUCCAACACCGGCACAAAUUCGGAAUAUAUCUGCCAUUAAUAUUCUUUAUAAUUUUUGUUGUAUGAUCAAUAAGAUGUUGAAUGAACAAUCCAACUUAUCAACAACAGCUAUUACGCAUAUCUCCGAUGCACUACAGUGCGUUAAUUCAUUAAUGAAUACGGCUAUUCAUCCAUUUUUAAAUUCAGUAGCGGAUUGUAUUGAGGCUAUUCUGGUUACGAUGCACAACGAAGAUUUUUCGCAAACGAUAUCAAAUCGAUCUGAAUCACAAUGUUCAUUAUAUAUGAAAGAAUUACAAGAAUUUAUAUUACGAAUACAAAAAGAUUAUUUUACGGAAUUUCAAUGUAAAGAUUUUAUGUAUGAAAAUCUUUCUCCAAUUGCUUGUCGAGCGAUGGCAUUAUUUGUUCAACAUGCAAGUCUCGUUCGACCGUUAGGUGAAGCUGGAAAACUGCGUCUAGCAGCCGAUUUUGCCCAAAUUGAACUAGCACUCUCACCAUUUUGUCGACGAUUAGCAGAUCUUGGAAGACAUUAUAAAAUGUUACGUGCUUUCAGACCGUUUUUGUUUUUAACAUCUGAGUCGAUGUUAACAAAUUCAGCUGUGGGGGAUAUUAUACCAUAUGAUACGGUUUUACAUCAUUUAUUUUCAAAAGCUCCAACUGAAAUGCGUUCACCACAUCAAGUUAUGGGUUGGUCAAUAAGUCGAUAUUGUUCGUGGCUCGAUGAACAUCCAAACAUGUCAGAUCGUUUAGCUAUGAUCAAAGGAACACUCGAAACAUACGUUCAAAAUGUUCGAAAUCGUCAACAGAAAGAGUUUGCAUCUGUUUAUCCAGUUAUGUUAAAUAUUCUUGAACCUCAAAACAUUGAUCUUGGUGCUCAAUAUGUUCAUGGAGAAAAGAAUAAUCCAGUGUACGAGAUAUGUAAACAAUUAGAUUGUAUGGUAGAAGAAAGUCAGACUGAGAGUCUCUUCAUAGCAUCAGAUGGAAGAGUUCUCGAUUCAAAACUGGUUCAAUAUGUAGAAGAUGUUUUCGAACAAGUAUUAGAUGCUGCUUGCGGUUAUGCUCAAAGAAUACAUGAAUCAGAACACAAUAAUACAUCUCUCUAUCACUAUAUAAAAGAACAAUGUAAACAAAAACUAUUAAACAAUAUUGGAGAUUAUAUUACAGUACUACAACUACAGACUGAAUUUGAUAAUAUUCUUGAUGGAUUAAUUGAAUGGCUAAUACAAGGUGAAAAGAUCGAUAAUGGAUGUCAAGAUUUAAAUGAUUUAAGUCUUUAUGAAUAUGGUAGAUUUGAAUAUUUAGAAGGAGAUGAAAGUAUUCGAUUAAAAAGUAGCUAUCGUCCAUUUAUUGAAUAUUUAAAACAAUCAAUACCGGACGAAAAAGUUUUACUGUCAACAGAAGUUACACAAGUCAAAUGUGUGAAUGAUUCUCAUCAGUUACUCGUUUGUAUGAAAGAUAAUAAAAAUAUAUUGUGUAAUCAUGUAAUUUGGACAACAUCAUUGGGUUUUUUGAAAGAAAACUUUGAAAAAAUAUUUUCAACUGAACCAAAUCUCAUUUCUAUGAAAAUGAAUGCUAUUAAAAAUUUGGGUUUUGGAACUGUGAACAAGAUAAUAAUGAUUUAUGAGCACAAAUUUUGGCCGGAUAAUGUGAAUUUUAUCAAUGUAUUAUGGACGAAUAAUAACAAAAAACUUUCAAAUGAACAAGAAAAAUAUUUACAUUCGAUUGGCAUAAAUUUGAAUUCGAUUGAAAAUUUUUUAGCAAAUAUUCAUAGUUAUGAAGUAUUAUACGGUUCCUUAAAUGCUAUCGUAUGUUGGCUUGGUGGUGAGGCUGCUCUGAUUGCCGAAAAUCUUUCGGAAGAAAUAGUUGGUCAUAUUUGUCAUGAUAUUCUAUGCAACUUUUUGAAUUUAUCAACUGAUAUAGUUAAUAAAACUAGACCAAAACAAGUUAUUAGAACUCAAUGGUUUAAUAAUCGUUUUAUACGAGGAUCCUACUCUUAUUUCACAAUUCGUUCUACAUUGAAAGAUAUGGAAAUUUUGUCAGAAUAUUAUACGCCGGAUGGUAUUGCUCAUGUAUGUUUUGCGGGUGAAGCAACCCAUACAAAAUGGUUUUCAACUGUUCAUGGUGCACAUCGUAGUGGUAUUCGAGAAGCAACUAGACUACUAGAUUUAGUCAUCAAAAAGAAAGAUAUCAUUCAAUAG